CCAGUUUUCAGUCACAGUUUCGCGUAGCGGUGGCUGAAGGUGCUUAGUCCGGCUUCGGCUUCGGCUCUGGCUCCAGAGGAUGCGGCGCUUCCAGGAUGCUGCCGCACCUGGUAAUGCUGCUGGCGGCGCUCCUCAGCCUGCGCCUCUGCCCCCGCGCGCACGGGACAGAACUUCCCAGCCCUCCAUCUGUGUGGUUUGAAGCAGAAUUUUUCCACCACAUCCUCCAUUGGACGCCCAUCCCUAAUCAGUCUGAAAGCACCUACUAUGAAGUGGAGCUCUUGGAGUAUGGAAUGAAGCCCUGGGAGCCCAUCCCCAGCUGUAGCCAGACCCUGGUGCUGUCCUGUGAUCUCACCAUGGCGACCCUGAACCUAUACCACAACAACGGUUACCUAGUCAAAGUCCGGGCAGUGAAUGGAAGCCAGCACUCCAACUGGACCAGUGCCCGAACCCGCUUCACCAAGGAUGAAGUGAGUCUGACAGUUGGCAGCGUGAAGCUAGAGGUGCACAACGGCGUCAUCCAUGGAAAGAUCCAGCCCCCCAGACCUGAGAUGGCCCCUGAAGGCGACAUAUACGAAAGCAUCUUCUCACAGUACAGGGAGUAUGAGAUUGCAAUUCGAAAGGAUCCGGAACAGUAUCAGCUCACAAACAUGAAGAAGGUAAAACAUGAAAACUUCAGCUUCCCAGCCCCUGGAGAGCUGGGAGAGUUCUGUGUCAAGGUGAAACCGUCUCUGAGCGACCGACUGAAUAAGGGGAUAUGGUCUGAGGAGGAGUGCAUCGUGCUGUACCGGCAGUACUUCACUGUGACCAACCUCAGCAUCUUCUUCAGCUUCGUCGUGCUGCUCUGCGGAGUCCUGGCCUACUCCCUGGGCCUCCAGCUGUUCUUGCGGCGCCGGGGAAAGCUGCCCAGCGUUCUGGUCUUCAAGAAGCCUAGUUCCUUCAGCCUCGUCAACCAGCUUCCCAGCUCAGAGACCCAAGACACCAUCCAUCCCCUUGAUGAAGAGGCCUUCCCCAAGGUGUCCCCAGAGCUGAGGAACUCAGAGCUGCAUGGCAGCACGGACAGCGGCUUUGGCAGUGCCAAGCCAUCCCUGCAGACUGAAGAGCCCCAGUUCCUCCUCCUUCCCCCACACCCCCAGGUUAGAGAAACUCUGGGAAAGGGGGUACCCUUGGAGCUGGAGAGCAGCUGCAGUAGUGGCAGCAGCAACAGCACAGACAGUGGGAUCUGCUUGCAGGAGCCGAGCCUGAGUCUCGGUACAGGGCUCAACUGGGUGCAGCAGCUGCGGAGCAACAGCCAGGGCCAGGAUGACAGUGGCAUCGGCCUAGUGCAGAACUCCGAGGUGCAGCCUGGGGGUGUGCAGGACGGCUCAGCCUCGGGCCAUGUCAGUCCCCUGGAACCUGAAGUGACUGAGGAGGAAGACCCAGCCAUGGCAUCAUUCCAGGGCUAUGUGAAACAGACUACAAACACAGAGGAGAAGGCUGCCAAGGCAGGUUGCCUGGAGGAAGAGUCCUCAACAGAUGCCCUUGGCCCCCAAAUCAGGAUAUGCCCGGAUGCUGAGGAAAGCUGGCCUCCACCAGCCCUGGCCAAAGGCUAUUUGAAACAGGAUCCCCCAGAAAGGACUCUCAACCCCUCAGGGGCCCCAGCUGGACAGUGGAACCAACCAAUUGAAAAAUGGUCACUCCUGGGCUUGACCACCUGUGGUGACCUAGGAAUAUCUGACUGGAACUUUACCCAUGAUCUUGCCCCUCUGGACUGUGUGGCAGCCCCAGGCAAUCUGCAAGGCAGCUUUGACUCAGACCUGGUCACCCUACCACUGAUCUCCAGUCUGCACUCAAAUGAGUGACUCAAGCUAAGGGGCGACUUUUUAUUUCUGCCUUGUCUUGCUGGACUAUGAGGAGGGGCCCCAGGGGUCAGAAGUGAAACAUGAUGCCAGCCUGGGCACUUUUCUGCAAGCCCAUUGGGGCCAACCCUAGCCAGGCCCAGCAGGGCUAGCUAAGGUGCCAAAGCGGGAGGAGGCCAUCUUGCUAAACUAGCACAGAGUGCAUGGGUAGCCUAUUCUGUAGACAGGGCCCUGUAGACUCUGGCAGAGCUGAGAAGGGCAGGGCAGAGACUCUUCCCUCUCAAGACUCUUCCUAUAUGAUAAGGAUUAUUUGCUCGGGGAUAUCAUGGGGUUUUCUGGAGUUAUGGUGGGGCCGCCAAGCUGAAGUCAGCUCAGACUCAGGCCUCCCCCGCUUAAGCCUCCAUCUUGUUGGAGGCUGGGAGGAUGCCGGCUUGAGGGCCUCAUUUCUAGGGGGAAUAAGAGGGAGCAGAGACCAAGUCUGAUCUCUGGGAUGGUCAGCUGACUCCUAGCCUGGGAUGGUCCCAGGGAGAAGCUCCCCCAAGGCAGGCCUCCCAGGCAGGGAGCUUGUUAUGGAAGAUCUUAAGGUGUGUCUGCCUUGGUCAGCCAGUCAGUCAAUCAACCAUCAUGAUGGAGCCACAGGAGGAUGAAAGAGGGCUUCUGGCUCAGAACCCAUCCCUCUGAGGAUGUCUCGUGUCCUUACGCAGACAUCUCCCUCUUUCCAGCAAUAGAGCAGCGUCCCUCUCAGGUACCUGCAGUGGCCAAGCCACUCACUGUCUCCACCCUGCUGCCCCCACCAUUUGCUGACAGUCCCAGAGAAACCAUGGUGGUUUGUAUUGGUCAAAACGGAGCCCUCCAGGCAGCCUCUGGGUUUGAGCACCAGUUUGCCUGCCCCAGAGAGUCAGGGUUGGGACCUACACUUGAGUUUGCUUCUCACAUCCAGCUAUAGACCCACGGGACAGGGCACUGGGCUGGGAUCCCUGCUCUGUCAGUGUUCAGCUGCAUGACCUUAGGCCAGCCACUUCUCAAAGGGCCUCAAGUUACCCAUCUGUGAAAUAAGGGGCCCUCCAUGCUGGGUGUUAGCCAAGUUGGUCUCUGGGGUGAUAUUUCCAACCGUGUCUGAUCCUGGGCUGGGAGGAAGUGGACUGUGGAACUCAUGUCUGCACAGAGCCAGCUUCUUUCU